AUGGAUAGUUGGGCAUUAGAUGAGCGUGUGAGGCCCCUCGCCCCAGCUUUUGCAACAUUUGUUGUCAUUGUUGCCGUUUUAUUUGAAGAGUUGCACAUUCUCAGGACAUCAAGGUGUCUCAUUCCUUCAUUGUUCAGGGACCUACCUAGAAAGAGGUACUUUAAUAAUGUCCUACGAGCAUUGUGCGCAUUGCGAGAUGAUUAUGUUCAACCCCCUAAUGGCACUUGCCACCCCGAGAUUGAAACCAACCCUAAUUGGUAUCCCUUUUUCAAGGAUUGUAUUGGUCUUUUGGAUGGCACACACAUAGAUGCCUCUGUCCCAAUUCAUGAGUUGCCCCAUUUUAGGGGCCGGAAAGGCCCAACCCAAAAUAUACUUGCCGGUGUGAAUCCUGAUCUCAGAUUCACAUAUGUGCUAGCGGGAUGGGAAGGAUCCGCAAACGAUUUCACCGUCCUUAGAGAUGCACUAUCGCAACCACAACCCGAGUAUUUGAAAUUAAUAGAAGGGAAGUACUACUUGGUAGAUGCGGGAUAUACAACUAUGAAUAGUUUCAUAGCCCUAUAUCGAGGGGUUAAAUACCAUCUCAAAGAACACAAUGGAAGGGUGCCAUUAAAUCACAAGGAAUUAUUCAAUCUUAGGCACUCUAUGUUAAGGUCGAGAGUUGAGCGAGCAUUUGCUAUCCUCAAGAAUCGAUUCAAAAUCCUUACAUCUCAUCAUUUUUUCCCGUACAAGACCCAAGUCCUGUUAGUAAUUGCAUGUUGCAUCAUCCACAACUAUAUCUCGGGAAUCGAUCCGAAUGACCAGAUUUUACGUAAUGGAAACAUGCAAGAAGAGCAUCUUGUUCUAUCGCAAUCUCGUUCACAACGAGAUCAACGCGAGGAAAACAGGCAAUGGGUGGAACUUAGGGAUAACAUUGCCAUUGAGAUGUGGCAUCAAUAUAGUUCUCGUACUUGA